GUUGAGUAUAAAGUUACUAGUUGCGUGGCCGCAAUCAGUCAUACCGCCAUUUAUAGCUAAAGUAAUUACCCGCUUCAUCAGUUUAUCAACAGCAUUACUAACGAGAUCAUUAUUUGAAUAUAGAAUAUUACGUACAUUCGUUAUAAUGAAAUUGAAGGUAUUUUUUAUUUUGGCGGUAGUUUUAUGCGCAUCUACAUGUUAUGGCUCCGAUUUAAUAGUUGGUACCAGUUUCAAUGCUAGGUUGGCAUGGACACACAAGGCUAAUUUUAACGCUGUGCCCUUUAUUAAAAGGGUCAAGGAGGUUUUCUACUCUGAUCCAGGACAGCAAAUGAUCAAGGGUAUAAUAGCCAGAGAUCUGGAUCAUACGAAGGCAUCAGCUACUAUAACUGCUGGCGGGGUGGGCUCCACCUUCGCCAACAUCAGGCUAAAGAGCGAACGCGGCAGCGGACUUAAUUAUCAAAUAGAAAUUUAUGUUUGAUUCGCCUCCAAUUUGAUUUCAAUUCCUACAUGAAAUAAUACAGAUCAAUUCCUACUAAUUUUAUAUUAUUUUUCUAUUUAAACGAUUUGAAAAGUAAAAUUUAUCAAAUAUUAUUUUCCAAAUACAUAUUCAAGAAAUGAAAUUGUGACUA